AUGUCGUUCAAUCCUAAUGAUGUCGACCUCGACACGGCCGACCCAACCGAGAUUAUUUGCUAUCUCAACAAGUCAGAAAAUGACUACAACGGCCAGUUGGGUGCCCGCAUCUCGGCUAUUUUCGUGAUCUUUGCCGUUUCAACUGCAGUGACCUUUUUCCCCGUCGUCGCCAAGCGCGUCCCCAGGCUGCAUAUUCCACUCUACGUCUACCUCUUCGCUCGUUACUUCGGUGCAGGUGUCAUCAUUGCAACGGCUUUCAUCCAUCUUCUGGACCCCGCAUACUCCGAAAUCGGCCCGCAGUCAUGCGUCGGAAUGACUGGUAACUGGGCCGAUUACUCCUGGUGCCCUGCGAUCGUCCUGACCUCGCUCAUGUGCAUCUUCCUCCUUGACUUCGGUGCCGAGCGUUAUGUCGAAGUCAAGUAUGGCGUCUGCAGAGAGGACCCCGAGCCCAUCAUGACUAGCGCAGUGGAUAACUCGACUGUAGACAAGGAGUCGCCUGGAAACACUAGAAAGGGCGAGGCUGAUGUGGAGGAGUUGUCCACCAGUGACACAUUGAUCGAGAAGUCCUUCAAGCAACAGAUUGCCGCGUUCCUCAUUCUCGAGUUCGGUGUCAUCUUCCACUCCGUCAUUAUUGGUCUGAACCUGGGAGUCACUGGCGACGAAUUCGCGACGCUCUACCCGGUCCUUGUCUUCCACCAGUCCUUCGAAGGUCUGGGUAUUGGAGCUCGUAUGUCCGCCAUCCCCUUCCGUAAGGGCAGCUGGCUGCCGUGGAUCCUUUGCAGCUUGUACGGAUUGACUACACCCAUCUCGAUCGCUAUUGGUCUCGGUGUCAGAACUACAUACAACUCUGGCUCGUACACCGCCAACGUGGUCUCCGGUGUUCUGGAUGCCAUUUCUGCGGGUAUCCUGAUUUACACUGGUCUGGUUGAGCUUUUGGCUAGAGACUUCCUCUUCGAUCCUCACCGCUCUCAAGACAACAAGCGGUUGGCAUUCAUGGUUAUCACCAUGCUCUGGGGUGCUGGUAUUAUGGCUCUUCUCGGAAAAUGGGCUUAA